CCUCAUUUUCCUUUCCCUCAUUUUCUCAGCAACCAAACGGAGCAUCAACCAUUUGAAAGUUUAACUCUUGCACUCUUGCACUCUUGCACUCUUCAACUUCAUCAGCAGAUUCAAUUUUCUCCUCCUAAUUCAAACUCUUACAAGCGGAAAACGACGCCGAAUCUGCCAAUAUUGAAAGCAUGAAACCAAUGAGCUACAGAAGGGAGCACCGUUCCUCCAAAUCAGCUCUUUUAGAUGGUCUCGAGGAAGGUGGUCUUAGGGCCUCCUCCUCAUACUCCCAUGACAUUAAUGAGCAUGACAAUGACAAAGCCGUGCAAAGUUUACAAGACAGAGUUGUUUUUCUGAAGAGAUUAACAGGUGAUAUGCAUGAAGAGGUGGAGAGUCAUAAUCGUUUGCUUGACCGAAUGGGCAAUCACAUGGAUGCAUCAAGGGGUAUAUUGUCUGGAACGAUGGAUCGGUUUAAGAUGGUAUUUGAGAAAAAAUCAAGCUGGAGAAUGUGUAGACUUGUGGCAUAUUUUGUGGUGUCCUUCUUAAUCAUAUACGUUCUCUUUAGGAUUUGCAGAAUCUUUAUGCAUAGCUGAACCAGAAAUAUAGAAAGCUCCUUUCCCAAUUUUUUAUCAAAAGAAAAAUGUUGGCCCAUAUGCAGUAACAUCAUUGGUGCAAAUGCAUCUCACUCAAACAGUGUGACAGCAUGUGAAAAUGAUUUCAGAGCUGAUCAGCAGAAAGAAAUAUUUUUCAUUUUUCAAUAUAGAGAUAUUAUGCCUGAAAGGAUUGGGCAGCUGCUGGAGGUGAGCUGCUUGUUGAAUUGUACAAGAACACAUACUGAACUUUUGUUUCUUGUUUUACAUUUUAAAAGACCUUGCACUUUGCUCUUUCUAAUGCAUGGCUUUAUGUCU